AACAAUUUCUACAAUUAAUCCAACAACAAAAUGUCGAUGAUACCAACUAACAACAACCUAUUCGAGGGUUCUCCAUUCUCCACCUUAAUCCAAGAACUUUCACGGGAAAAUCCAAGUUUUCUCAACGAGCAAGUUGAUUGGAAGGAGACGCCGGAAGCGCAUGUGUUGAAAGCUGGGAUACCGGGGCUAAAGAAAGAGGAAGUGAAGAUUGAGGUUGAAGAUGGAAGAGUGCUUCAAAUAAGAGGAGAGAGGAGCAUGGAGAGACAAGAAUCGAAUGAUGGAUGUCAUCGGGUGGAGCGGAGUAGUGGGAAGUUUAUGAGGAGUUUUACUCUUCCGAGUAAUUGUAAAAUGGAUGGGGUUAUGGCUUCUAUGGAGGAUGGGGUUCUUACUGUUACUAUCCCUAAGGAUGGUGCUCAGAAUAAUGAUCUUUUGACUGGUUAGAAUUCAAAUUGAGAAGAAUUAUGACGAUUCUUUGAAUCUAGAUGUUCCUAUAUAGUUCCAAUUUUUUUUGGUUUUGAUAAGAUCCUUCUUCCUUAUUUGUUUUUGUUUUUGUUUUUGUAUUCUAGAGAAUUAGAAAAAGAUGUAAUAUAACAAAUGAGAUAUAUGUUUUGUUUUGUGUAAUUAAUCAACUAUUCCUUAUGUAACAAAUGACAUAUGUUGUGUAAUUAAUCAACUAUUCCUGUUCUUGAAUCACAA